UGUUUAUGUCCUUAUAAAUAUUAAUAUACAGAUAUAUAUGUAUAGAUAUAUAAAGAAGAAAAAAAAGGCCUACCUCCCUAUCCAGACUCCCAUAUCUGUGUUGCCGGUACAUAUGCGUGUAUUGUAGAAUACAAAACAUUACCAGACGAAACAGUGCCAAGAGAAUGGAUUACUAACUAAGAAGACAAAAAAAUACCUUUUGUCAAGUAAAACAAAGAAAAAUUUAUCCAUCUGUUUUCUAUAAAUUUCUUUCUUGCUGUCCAAAAAUCAGACCACGAACGUAGUUCUAUGAAUAAUUUCAAUUACCAGUCAGGGAAGAGGAAUUCCCAGAAUGCUGGGGUUCGUCGGCGUGGAAGAAAGCAGCUGCAUGAAAUACAGAACAAUUUCAACGACGACAUACAGAUCCUAGAAGUAUCCUUACCGAAAAGGGGUCCCGUGAAGGAGAGACCAAUCGAGAAAAUAGAUCUAGGUGUGAAAGAGAACUACUCACCACCCACAAAAGCAAUUGAUCAGUGUUCUUCUGAAGUUCCGCAGGUGAACUACCAGAGAGACGACAAAUUGGAGAUUUCCUUCCUGGAAGGCGAUCGUGCUGAGAAAUCACUGGACUUGGGCUGGGAAUCACAAGAGAUUAAGAGAAACAUCUUGUUGAAACUCGCUACUGACGAUGACUACAGCUUUACCAAAACCGAAGAAUGUUUUAUCCACGAGAGAGCCAAACUGUAUGUUGUCAACAUGUUUCCCGAAAAGCAUUACUAUUAUAUUCCAGACAAUGCUGAAGAACAACCCCAGUCGAUCGAUUCAGACGAAGAGAUUUUGAACGAAGGACAGGUGUUCUUUCCGACUUCUUACUCUGGCAAACGUAAGAGAAGAUCCUAUAACAAUUUCAAUUGUUAUGUGACUCACCAUAAGAAUGAUGAUCUCUACGAUAACUCACACAUUCUCCCCAAGGGGACACGGCUUUUGAAACCGCCUAAUAAAUUGGUAGAGCUCGUUGCUCAAGCCAUCGAUGGUUCUCCAGAUGGUCUGCUACAAGUUCACCAGAUAUAUACAGUGCUUCAGAAUAAAUACCCUUAUUUUCGUUUCAUGGAUCGGAUGGCUAUUAACAGCUGGAGGAGUUCUAUCCGCCAUGCGCUUUACCAAAAAUGGUUCAGGAAAAUACAUUUUAGCACAGAAUCUAUCAAUAGAAAAGGUUGCUAUUGGACCAUAAACCGCCAAUUUAGCCCCAAAACGUGGACAAUGCCAGGAUUUCAAAAUAUAUCAUCAGUUUAUUUUACAACUGACUCUACUGAAAACUGUACUUCCAACUUCCAACCAGAAACUCAACUUCCUGAGGUGGAAGCUCCUGGGCCAAACAAUUCAAUUACUUAUGAGCAAUGUAAUUCCUCAAACGAAUUUCAGCCAGUAAUUAAUAUGCCACAAGAAUAUUCUAUUGCAAUACGAGAUGACCAACAGAAUGAAGAUGAAAUCACCACACUGAUCAAAGAUCCAGAUCCUAUUCUAAUUCCUUGGUCUUCUGAAUCUGUAACUUCUGUUGGUCAUAUAGAAAAUGCAGCACUACUUUCAAAAGAUUCACAAAUGUCUCAACUUCCCAUUAGUUUUCAGAUGAACACUGUAAUAGAUUGUGAAGAAAUGUUGAAUGCCAGCCCUGAUACCUGGCUCCAACAGUGCUCUGGUUCUUCAGAUUGGCCUCAGAAUGUUGAUGAUGCCUCUUUGUGCUACCCAUACACACAACAAAUAUUGUUAGCAACUUUUCCCUUGGCUACCUCACUUGCUAACACCUAAACAUGAAUAUGAUAUAUGUAUGUAUAUAUAUAUAUAUAUAUAUAUAUAUAUAUAAUCUAGUACCAAAGAAAGACUUUUAAAAAUUCUGUUUCUUACCAUUAUUUGCAAAGGAGAAUAUUGAUAUGAAUAAAUAUUUUCACUUAUAAGUUGGUGGAAAUUUUAUGUCUGUUUUAUGACAGAAUCAUAAACUUAUGUUGUGGAAUGUACAAACAAUAGAAUCAGUCAUAUAUAUUAUAUAUAUUAAAUCAAAAUAAAUCCCAAGAAUCUGUUACUGGAUCCCCACCCCCCAUUUUUUCUUCAUAUCUUUCAUAAUUAAAACUAACAACCUAGUUUGUUAGAUUAAAAUAUCAAGAAACUUUAUCUCUAUUUGGUUUUUCAAGUCUUGUUAGAAUCAGUUAUUUUGAAGGUUUUGUAGCAACAAUUUCUUUCUCCAAUUUCAAUGUUUUGCAAACAAAUGCCUAUUUUAUUCAAAUAUUUAAUACUGCAUAAAUUUGAUUACAAAAUACUUACAGAAGUCUCUAAAAUUAAUUUUUAUAUAACUGUAUUUUAAAAUAUAUUACAACAACAACAAUAAUAAUAAUCUGCUUUUUUGGUGAUACCAAUUCAAAGUUAAUUGUUGCUUUGGAAGUUUGAUAUGUGAUGGAUGUGAAUUGAAUCAUUUAUUAGAAAAAAAAAGGAAAGAAAAAGAAAAUUCAAACAAGCUUGCAGAUAUUUUCUUCUGAUGAUAUUUUUAAAAAAACCAAAAACAGAGAAAAAAAAUUGAUAGUUAUUUUAAAUCCAUGACAAGACUUGAGGAAGUUCAAAGCUAAUUUGUUUGUCUUUAUUUGAUAUGAAGAAAUGUUUGGAUGUUGAACAUUAAAAAUGAUAAUAAAAAAUAGUUUUCUGACA